AUGUCAAGAAUUGAGGCGAUUCGGAUCGAGGACGAUUACGCGGAAUUGGCAAAGUCUCAAGAUACCGACGAAGAGCUCCGGUAUCACCCACAAGCAAAUGGAAUGGUGGAACGCAUGCAUCGUCAAUUAAAAGCGGCUGUCAUGUGCCACGGAGAAACCUGGUUAACAGCAUUGCCGCUGGUAUUAUUAGGCAUGAGAACCGCACUUAAAGAAGACUUGAAAACGUCUGCCGCCGAGCUACUGUACGGCGAGCCUCUUCGUCUCCCCGGCGAGCUCGUCGUUGCUCCAGAGAAAACAGCAGGUUCGGAGGUAAUGAUGGAUUUUGUUACUCGAUUGAGAAACCAUAUGAAAGGACUACGAGCCACACCCGCUGCCCAUCAUUCCCAACCAUCUUCAUUUGUUUUUAAAGACCUGAAUAUCGCGACACACGUAUUUCUCCGGGACGAUUCAGUGCGGCGCUCUCUGCAACCACCUUACACUGGCCCGUAUCUGGUCAAACAGAGGCAGGGCAAAACCCUGACCAUAGAUAUAAACGGCAGAGAGGCUACCGUCAGUAUUGACAGAGUAAAACCUGCACACAUAGACAGCUCGGAGCCCAGUCAAACUUCUGUUCUGCCGUUACCUGCUGCAGCACCUGCACCAGAUGCUUCUCCAGCGACAGUGCCCAUUCCAGGUCCUACUAUCCAUUCUCCAACUCCUGAUCCUAUACCUAUAGUCACUAGGGCAGGGAGGAUAGUAAAGCACAAGAAUAGGUUAGAUUUAUAA